ACCUUUUGUUAAUGUCUCAAAACCAGAAACAAUGGCCACUUUAAUCAACUUUAUUAUUCUCCUUCAUCUUAUCUCAUUAUGUUUAAUUCUACCAACCUUAGCUAAAAAUUCAGAUUCAAAAAAUGAUUAUAACAACGACCUAUUAGACAAUAUUCCAACUCCAAGUUACAGCAACAACAUCCCCAAUAGUAACACUCCACAAAAUGUUGCUGUCAUGAACACAAUUGACUCAUGCUGGAGAUCAAAUUCAAAUUGGGUUUCAAAUCGUCAAUCACUAGCAGAUUGUGCAAUUGGAUUUGGCAAAGAUGCAAUUGGAGGAAAAUAUGGUGAGAUAUAUGAAGUCACUGACCCUUCUGAUGACCCUAUAAACCCAAAAAAAGGUACACUUCGUUAUGGUGUAAUUCAAGCAGAACCAGUUUGGAUAAUAUUUUCAAAUGACAUGGUAAUUAAAUUGAAAAAUGAACUUAUUGUGAAUAGUUACAAAACAAUUGAUGGUAGAGGUGCUAAAGUUGAAAUUGGAAAUGGACCAUGUAUUACAAUACAGGGUGUUAGUCAUGUGAUUGUGCAUGGUAUUAGUAUUCAUGAUUGUAAACCAAGUAAUCCUGGUAUGGUUAGGAGUAGUAUUGAACAUGUUGGUUAUCGACAAGGUUCUGAUGGUGAUGGUAUAAGUGUUUUUGCUUCUUCUAAUAUUUGGAUUGAUCAUUGCUACUUGGCAAGAUGUACUGAUGGACUUACUGAUGUUACCCAUGCCUCAACUCUUGUCACUAUCUCAAAUAAUUACUUCACUCAGCAUGACAAAGUGAUGCUGCUUGGACACAACGAUGAUUACAGUGCUGAUAGAGUAAUGAAAGUAACAGUAGCUUUCAAUCGCUUUGCCAGUGGCCUAAUAGAAAGAAUGCCAAGGGUAAGAUUUGGUUAUGCCCAUGUUGUAAACAACCGAUACGAUGAGUGGAUCAUGUAUGCCAUUGGUGGUAGUGCUGACCCUACCAUUUUCAGUCAAGCAAAUUACUUCAUAGCUUCAAAAAAUUCUAAUGCAAAACAGGUUACAAAGAGAGAAACCGAUGGAAAAUGGAAAAAUUGGAAAUGGAGGACUUAUGGAGAUGAAUUCUUAAAUGGUGCUUAUUUUGUACCAUCUGGUUAUGGAAGUUGUACCCCAUUAUAUUCAUCAUCUCAAAACUUUGUUGCUGCUAAGGCAUCCAUGGUGCCUUUAUUAACACUCAACGCAGGACCUCUUGAUUGUGUUGCUGACAAAGCAUGUUAAUUUCACCAAAUAUUUUAAUUCUUGAAGCCUGCACGAAUUUAGUAUCUCGAUUAGAAGGGAUGCAUGUACCAAGAAUUAUAUGCCACAUUCUUACAAUUAUUUUAUAUCAAUGUUACAAUGUGUUUAAGUCUGAGUUUGUGGUGAGAAAAAUCACAUAGGAUUGUUUGAGAUCAAUUCUUAUAGUGAAAAUGAAUUGAGUGCAUAAAUCAAAGAGUUUAUUCUUGUAUA